UAAUAGCUUCAAUCAUGUGGUGCUCGAAUAUAUAAAAAUGCAUAUGCAUUCUGGCUUUCAAUGAGCUUCUGUGUCCAGCAUAUGAUUCUUUUUGUCUCCUCUUCAUUAUAUAAAAGGUGCUCAAGGCAAAGGCUAGAUCAAACCAAUCUGAAAGCUAUAACAUCUCAUUGAGUUUUUCUCCUUUCUUCAAUAUAACUCGAAAGCCUUUACUACAAUCCUCAUAAAAAAAUAUGAGUCAUUCUCGUUCAAUCAGCUUACCGUCCAGACCUCAUCCUUCAGCCGCAGAUGUAGAGGAGCACUUGUGUAGACUGAGGUCAUCAGAUGAAACAUCCACUUCAUCGCUAAGCAAUAAACUAAGUGGACUCAAAAACUUGUAUGAAUGUGUGGAUGACUUCCUUCAAUUGCCAAUGAACCAUUCCAGCAAUUCUGAAGAAGCUCUUGGUGCAUCUAUCAGGCUGCUGGAUUUGUGCAAUUUAACUAAAGAAGCAUUCUCACAAAUGAGGGCUUCUGUGCAAGAUCUUGAGUCAUCUCUUCGAAGAAGAGAAGCUGAUGUAUCAAGCAAAAUUGGAAGCUACUUGAUCUGUAUGAAAAAGGUCAACAAAAUGGUUUCCAAGUCCCUUGCUACUUUGAAGAAGUCUCAAAAUAAGAAAUGCAAUGAAACAUCUGCUACUGUGAGCCUGCUAAGAGAAGUUGAAGAAGUCAGUAUAACGAUGUUCGAGUCCCUUUUCUCAUCAGUAUUUCCAGCAAAGGAAACAUCAAACCAAAACCGGUGGUCAUUGGUUUUCAAGUCAAAACAAUCCAAGCGCGUACACGUAGAAGGCAAAGUUGAGGAAAUGCAAAUGGAUAUUGAAGCAAUAUACAAGCAGAAAAUCAACUUGCAAUCUGAUUUCUCAAGAAUCCAAGGAGCACAGAAGUGUUUGAUGGCACUUGACAAGAACAUGCAACAAUGUGAGGAGGAUUUAGAAUGUCUUUAUAGAUCUUUGAUAAAGACUAGAGUCUCUAUUCUCAAUGUUCUUAACCAAUAGUUCUUAGAGAACUGAAUAUUUAGGCUAAAAUAGCAUCCUUACAUUUUAACAAGGAUUCUAUUAGUUUGUACAUAUACAGUGUACAUGUAUAAAUGUAUUACAUUUCAAGUGAUAAUAUAUGACCGAGAAAUUUCAAUACCAUAUCCAGACUCAUAUGCCAU